AUGAGUUUAAUGAAUGGACUGGUUACUACAACAGGAAUAAGAAGUGAAAAAAGAAUAUGGCUUUUGCAUCUUUUUGACAAGAAUUUCACGAGAUCAUACCUUUUCCGUCAAAAUGCUCAAUGCCAAAUGUGCGACCUACUCUUACUCAAACAGGGUAGAUAUACUGUGCUUCUACCCUGUUUGAAACCUGCAGCACCAUUUUCGUUAUGGCGAUGGCGAGAGAAAAUGUCGGGCCGGUCAUUGUGUUUCCAUACGGAUUUUGCAGGCCUUGGUAUCAUAGACGCUGGAGCCGUCCGAAAUUCGUACUUCUUUCAUUUCGACACCAUUACAAUUGUUACAAACCUACGAAAAUGA